AUGGCGCCUACCAACUUCCCCGCCUCCAUGCAUGCGACGUCCCAGGACAUCGAGCUGCUUUUAGCUGCUCAGUCCCAUCUCGGUUCCAAGAACUUGCAGGUUCAUAUGGAACCUUACCUAUGGAAGACCCGCGCCGACGGUGUCAAUGUACUAAACAUUGGCAAGACCUGGGAGAAGAUCGUCCUGGCCGCUCGCAUCAUCGCUGCUGUUGACAACCCCGCCGAUAUUUGUGUCAUCUCUGCCCGUCCCUACGGACAGCGUGCCGUCCUCAAGUUCGCCGCCCACACUGGUGCCGUUGCCAUCGCCGGUCGAUUCACCCCUGGUUCUUUCACCAAUUACAUCACUCGAUCUUUCAAGGAGCCCCGUCUGAUCAUUGUUACUGAUCCCCGCACCGACGCCCAAGCUAUCAAGGAGGCUUCUUACGUCAACAUCCCCGUCAUCGCCCUUUGCGACACUGACUCCCCCACCGAGUACGUCGAUGUUGCCAUUCCUACCAACAACAAGGGUCGCCACGCUAUUGGUUGCGUCUGGUGGAUGCUUGCCCGUGAGGUCCUCCGCAUUCGUGGUACCAUCGCCAGCCGUGACAUCCCCUGGGAUGUGAUGGUCGAUCUUUACUUCUACCGUGACCCUGAGGCUGAGGCCGAGGAGAAGGUUGAGGAGGAGAAGCUACCUGGUGCUGAGGAGGUUGGCCCCGCUGCCAUCGAGACUGGUACCUUCGGCGCCGCGACUGCCGACUGGGAAACCGCCCCUGCUGGUUUCGCCGCUACCCAACCUGGUGGCUGGGACGGCCAGACCGAUGAGUGGGCCAACGCCACUGGUGCUCCCCCGGCCGGUGAGUGGGGUGCCGCCGCUGCCACCACCACCGAGGCCAAGGACAGCCAAUGGUAG